AUGCCACUAGUAGGAGCUACCUCAACCGGCGCAAACUCGCCACUGGCUGAGAGAGAGUAUGGCUGCAUGACAUGCGGCGCCAAGUUUGACAGCAGCGAAGCACAGAGAGCACAUAUGAGAGGGGAUUGGCACAUCUACAACCUGAAGCGCCGCAUGGAAUCGUUGCCUCCUACAUCCGAUGUAGAAUUCCAUGAGCAAUCGCUCCCUAUUACCACGAGGACCUCUGAUACUGAGGCAGCCCCCUCAUUUCAGAAAUCAUGUAUUGCAUGUGAGCAACACUACACGAACUGGAGAGCUUGGAAGGCGCAUCUCAGGUCACGGAACCAUGUCUCGAAAGCUUCAAUUGGGGCUGAUAAGUCCCCUUCACGGAACGCGCUCUCGUUAAAGGAAGGUCGAUCCUCCGAUGAAGAAGAAGAAGAGGAAGAAGAUUUCAGCCCACAGCAGUGUUUAUUCUGCAACGUUGAAUCUGCCUCCUUGGAGUCUAAUCUGACACACAUGUCUCACGCACACAGCUUCUUCAUACCGAAUGCUGAAUACCUCAUCGACGUUGAGUCACUUCUUAGCUACCUGUUCGCCAUCGUGUCGUUAUUUCACGAAUGUCUCUUUUGUGGCAGCCUAAAAAGCACCAAAUUUGGAGUCCGGGAUCACAUGCGAGGGAAAGGCCAUUGCAAACUCAAUUUAGAGGAUGAUGUGCAUCAACUCAAGCAGUUCUAUGACUUCUCGGGUAAUGUGGAUGAGCAAGAUGACGAAAAAGAGCUGGGGGAGGAAGUGACGCUGGCUCUGGAUGAGGACGAACUUCAUCUGCCAUCAGGAAAAAUCCUAGGGCGUCGCUCCCACGCCCACAGCCCCUAUCAUAACCAUCCCAAGCGGCCAUUGUCUGGGUCGUCCUCACGGCAGCAACACCGCCUGACUGCCAAUGAAUUUGAGACGGAACCCAUAAUACCCAAAGAGUCGCAGGAUCGAAGAAUAGUCAUGAGAGCUGGCACAUCCACUAGCCUGAUCGGCGUGUCAGAAGCUCAAAAACGAGCUUUGAUGGCCGUUGAGUUGAAGAUGGAGAAGAUGGAGGCGAGGGCUAGGAACGAGUACCAGUCAAGAGUAGAGAAGGGUGGAAAUAAACAGAAGACGUAUAGGGUGGCCAGCAUGGGGAAGAAAGCUGGCGGUUUAGAGAAAAGACUGGGGUGA